AUGGAUGUUGAAAGCCCCUUUGAAGAAGUCAGCUGCCAACAGGUAAGUUUAAAUCAAUUUCCUUUUGCUUCGUUUACUGUGGACAUAGUUAUUAGAGGAGACUGGUUAUGAAAAGCGGCAAACAUCAAUGAUAAAAACAACAGUGCUUCAGUUUAUGUUCAAAGCACCGUGAAAGUGCACAAUCCUUUGUUUUCUGUUGGCAAAUUGUUACGGAAUAAAUUAAUGCAACGUUUUUAUUGGUCAAUACAAUCAAAAUUCUUUUGAACGUUGUGCACUUUCAGGUCCACAAAAACAUAUAACAAAGGAGUCUGACGGGUUUCAUAACCAUUCCACUCAAUUAACUAUGCUGUGGACAAGAAUUUCUCGUGCAUUACGUGUGAGCGUAUGAUUUGACCUUUCAUUUGCUUUUAUCAUAGUAAUUGUUAUCUUUUUAUUUCCAUGGCCGAGUUGUUCAAAGCUGGGUUAAGAUAACCCAGGGUUAGUGAGAGAUUUGAGUUCAGAUUUGAAAGCUUAAAAAGCAUUUCAGUUUCAGUUCUUUUUUGUCUACAAGUUGAUGACUGGAAGCUCUAAAAAUAGCAGAGAAAAUUAUCCGAGAAAAUGCUUUUGGACCCAAGAAAAAGAAACCCGGGUUAAAUUUAACCACGGGUUAAGCGCUAAUCGGCUUUCGAACAACUGGGCCCAUAUGAUUACUUUUUAGGCUGUGAAAAUAACUGAACCCCCCGUAGAUGUCCAAGAAGAAGCAUAUGCUUCCCCUCUUGACAGUGGAGAUGGAAGAAAUGAACUGUUAAAGAGGCAAGCUAUAUACUUUAACCAGAAUUGUGUACAGCUCAUCAAGGAGAAGAAAGAGAUUGAGGAAGAACUACAAAAAGCUUCAUUCACAGUCAUGAAUCUCAGUAAAAAGCAACUUAAAUUUUACACAGGUAUGAAUUGUCUUUUUCUCUGACUCUUAUUCAGAGUUACUAAAGCUUUAAACGAAUAUGAUGUGCUGUAUUCAAGAGAUUACUGACAAAAAUCUGUGUGCAUGGUGUUUCAAACCUGAAAAUGUGGAAAUAAUGUCAGUGGCUACUGGCAUGGGAAGGCACCUAUUGCAGUGUUGCAAAAUAUAAAAUUAUUUUUUUAAAUUUACUUACCCCUAACAAUUUGUCUAGGAAAUUCUAAGAAGUGAACCAUGCAAUAGAAACCUAUAGAUAUUCCUGUCACAAAAUGCGAUGGAAACAAAAUAUGUUUUAAAAAGUGUGCAUAUAUCUCAAGGUUGUGUUUAUUAUUAUUUUUUAAUAUUGGAGAUGCUGUAAAAACUGUUCCAUUCACUACUAAACCAGAUUUUUUGUUGAACUGAAAGUACCUUAAGCUGUAAAAAAGACACUGGCUAUCCAUAAACUAGCGCCUGCGUAGAAGAAAAAUACGUUUUGAGCCGUUUUAUACUAAAAGAUAUGUCAAGAUUGUGGAGCAAGAGUCCCAAGCUGUUCUAUUUAAUUAGCAAGUAAUAUUAAUUUCCAGGAGUUAGAAGCUGGUCAAUAUUUCACUGGAUUGUGAGGAUUGUGUCAGGGGGUUAUCAGUUUCCAACCGUUUGUAAGAAGUUAAAACCCGAUGACAAGGUGUUGAUGAUCUUGAUGAAACUACGUCUUGGCUUGCAAAACAAAGAUUUGGCUUAUAGGUAAGUUAAUUACCCCUAUAAUGAAGCUUCAUAACAUGGUGACAGUGCUCAGUGCUUUGGAAAGGGCACUUUCAUAUUAGAAGGGGGACUUAUCAGAGGCUAAGGGCUUAACGGAAUGUAUGCAAAAAGCCAGUCCAUGAGUAUUAAAAAUUGAACAUGCUUGAAAGUGGAUGCCCUUUUUUUGGAACUUGUGGAGGACUCUGUUUAUACAAUCUCCUAAUAAUUCAAAACAAAACUGACGUUCUUCUCCUUUCCAAUUAAACACUGUAAUAUUUUUUACCCCUGAUAUAUUGAACCUCCUCAAAAUAGAAACCAAUUUCCUUUUCUCCAGGAGGUUCUAAACAUCAGGAUUUACUGUAUUCUAGACUGAAAGAAAGGUUGGGAUUGUACAUCUGUUCAACAGGUUUGGUGUAACAGAAGACCAAGUGAACAAGAUUAUUAAAAAAGGAGUUAAAGUGAUGGCAAAAGCCUUGAGGUUUUUAAUAGUGUGGCCUGACAAAGAGGCCACCAUUAGCAAUAUGCCCAAGGUCUUUAAACGUUCCAUAUCUUAUCAGAAGACCAGAGUCAUUAUUGAUUGUUCAGAGAUUUUUAUCAAGCGGCCCACAAAUUUACUGGCCAGAAAUAUCACUUAUUCCAAUUACAAGCACCACUAUACAAUGAAGUUUCUGGUAGGGAUUACACCAUGUGGUGCAGUGUCCUUCCUUUCAAAAUGCUGGGGUGGUCGUGUGUCCGAUAAGGAGUUGACUUUGAACAGUGGAUUCUUGGAUCAUCUUGAAUAUGGUGACCAGGUAAUUUCUUCUUGCUCUAUCUUAACAACUUUGUUGUCUACAGUAUUUGCUUUUGUCUUGGCUAUUUCAAUGGAAACAAAACUAUGCAAGAUCUUUGUGGAAACUGGUUAUGAGACCUAUAUGGGCACCUUAGCUUUUUAUGUAAAAUAGCUUUAACUGUUGACUGUGUGAAUAACUGAAUAUAUUUAACAAUUAUUCUUUGAAAUCGAGGUGAAUAGUGGCAAAAUAUUUACCGAGCCGCGAAAGCGGCGAGGUAAAUAUUCCCAAAGCCACUAUUCACCGAGAUUGAGAAGAAUAAUUGUUUUAGUAUAUACACACGAAGUGAUCUCAACAAAAUCAGAAAGGAAACCAUUCAAAAGUAGGAUUUGAUUGACAGAUCAAAUCACGCGUAAGUUUAAAAAUAGAUCUUUGCAGAAUUUUCAAACAUGGCAAUUCACAAGUUUACUCAUUUCGCACACAACAGCGUAAUGGCUUCAAUGGAAUCGCUAAAAGUUUGAACUGUUUCCUUACCUGAGAAAAAAAGUAGAGCUGUGUUGUUUUCUCUUGACUCUCCAAGUUUAUAGCCAAAAGGGCAUGUUGUGUCGUUCUUCGCAUGAAGUGCUGACAAAAAUGGCGGCUCGGUUGCUCGAGGUAAGAGGUCGUCUUCCUGUAUCAUUCUUUUUCCUGUUUACUUGAAAUGUAGAAUUUCUGCAAACAUUUCCUUUUAAAUUUGUUUGUCAUAAAUAAACUUCGAUUUUUGAGCCAAAAUUUUCUUCUUAGAAAACGCUGAGUUCACGAAACGGCUUCUUCUACGAGAAUACACGGGAGUUGUAAACAAUCCAUCGAGCACAAAACUCCUGCUACAGUAAAUUGAAAAACGCCGUAUUGAAUCCUUCCAAGUCUUUUCUUGCCUUAAAAAAAGUCAGCCUUAGGAUUUUGUCGACUUUUAAAAGAUCGUUCUCUAAAAAAAACGGGAAAAACACCGAGUUCACACAUUAUCCACUCGCUAGGAGGUGAAUAUUGUUGAAUAGUCCGAGAUAGCGAACCAAUCAGAUUGCUUAAAUCACCAAGAUCACUGAGUGUGUAUAUACUAAUAUGUAAUAUACUUUGCAUCAUAAAACACAUAGAGAGACAUAAUGGCUAGCACUUUGUGAUGCCUUGUAUUUAUUUUUUUAAGGUGAUGGCAGACCGAAGUUUUCUUAUUAAAGAAGAACUCAUUUGCCGUGGAGCUAGUCUUGUAAUUCCAGCUUUCACAAAAGGAAAAAAUCAAUUAAAGGGAACUGAAGUCAUCUCCUCAAGGAAAAUUGCUAAUCUCAGGAUCCAUGUAAGUUAGAGUUGCAAUUUCUUUGAUUAAAUGUUCCAGUCGAAGUAAUUUGCAACCUUUCCAAUUAUCCUAAUCCGUCCUCUGAAAUAAAAGUAAGUGUUUUGAUUGUGUUGCUCCAAAAAUCAUCCAUACCUCUCCCACGGGGGGUUCAAUGGUUUGAACUUGAACCCCUCUCUCUCCCUCUCUUUACAUGGCUCUCACACUUUCCUUUUUACUUUUUGGCCCUUGCAUAUCCCUCCUUCCCCUUGGAUUUUCCAGUAAGCCCUCUUCUAUAGGGGUGGGUAUGGAUAUUUUCUGGAAACACACAUUAUGCAUAAGUUUCAUGCAUUCUUGUGUUUAAAACUGUGCCGAUGUUUUAUUAUGUGAACUUGAACUGUAAGGAAGGGUUUGCAAAAAUUGCUGCUUGUUAUUAGCCAUUAGCAUAUUUUAUUUCAGUUCUGUGUUUAUGUUGACUGACUUGGUCUUAACUGCCUCAAUAGAAAUAUUGUUUACAAUGGAAACUUAACACAGCACAAAGGUUAUCAUUUUGUCUUCACCACAGGUGGAACGCGCUAUUGGCCGCAUGAAGUUUUACAAAAUACUGAACUCAACAUGGGAUCUUAAAUUAGUGGAAAGUGCCAAUGACAUCCUUCUGGUAGUUGCAGCACUUGUAAACCUGCAACCACCCUUGUGA